UGAUGACCGCCACUGUCUUUUCAGUCGUUUGACAGUCAACAUUUUCCGUUUAACGCAUUGAUACUCUAAAUUUCGUUGUAAACACAUUUGCCGGCAAAGCGAGAACGAGCGCAGUUGUAGAGAGUCAAAAUGUUCGCAAUAACAAAUCGACUUGGGCUUCUGCUCGGCUUGGCACUUCUUCUGGGUGAGCUCAUACCCUCCUGCUUCCCAGCAUCUGUAGAGCGAUCAGCAAACAAACGCGAACAAUUGCUGGCCACAAUGAUUGAGGAGUACCUGAAGCUGAGCGACUAUGAAUUGGAGCAUAGCAAGGCUUUGGUGCAGAAAGUACUUGCAAGUGAAGCAGUAAUGCAAAUGCAUACCGACCUCAUGGAGGCAGAGCGGGGUAUAAUGGAGAAUUACGUGCGCCAAGUGACGGACAAAGAGGAAGAAGAACCACCACUGAAAAGCAAUAUAGCAAAUCGUUUCUUCUACCUCAUUGCCAAGACACUGAUUUAUCAAGAAUUCGAAGCAAUUCUAAGACGCCAUAAUACUACAAAUACACGCCGAAAUUUUCAAUCAGAAAAUUAUUUAAUUGAGCGUACGCUAAAAGAGAAUGGCCUCGCCAAUUGGCAACGCGACGUAACACAAAAGCAAACUCAAUUUAUGAAUAAUUUUGUGAACGAGGUAGAAGCGUAUUUGGCACAACUGACGCCGGCGCAGCGCAGUGACGAGGAUGGUGAGGCAGCAAAGAUGUUGAAUUGGUUGGCCAAAAUGAGAGCCGAAGCGAAUGUGGAGCAACGCAUGGAAACUUUUAAGGAGUUCAUGAGAUUCUUUGUGAAAUUCUAAAGUGAACGCAAGUAGCAAAGACGACAAGCGCAGUCCAUGCACAUUUGGGAAGCCAAAAUGAAUUAAAUCAUUAAAUGCAAAAUUUAAGUUGACAAGUUUAAAAAAUUCGGAAAUUUUAUUUAGGAAAAUUAAAGAUGUUAGUUUCGAAAUUUAUGCUUGAGCCUCUGCUUAGUGUGGAGCUAGCAGAAUUAACUUUGAAUUGCGUGUCAGUGAGUUUUUUUUAAAUUUUUUUAUAAAGGAGCUACACAAUUUUUAAUGCA